GUCUCUUUUAGAAAACUCGACUUAAAAUACCUCAAAAUAUUCGUUCUGUCUGGGGCUUAUAAGCAUUUCGGUACAGCUUCUAGUGUGUUUUUGAUGCCAUACCGUAAUUCAGCUACUCCUUUUAUGUACUUCCAUCGUUUUCCAAGACUAGGUUAUUGAAUAAUCUUUGAAUUGUUUGAGCUUAGGCUGCGAAUUUAACCAACGUCUCGGUAUAUGUCGGAUUUUGCGGCAAACCGGUGAAGCGCAAUCGUACAAAAAUAGUAAAUCGUUGCUUCAGCCUAUAUAAAGAUAACAAAUCCUCCAACAGCUUCGUCUCUUCAACCAGAAGUAACAUAACCAAAAGUUAUAUCAAGAUGGCCAAACACCUGUUCAAUAACGUGAAAGAAAUUGCCGGCAAGUUUCCAGGUAGCACUGACAGUCUAUUCGUGGAUUGUUAUUUGACUGAUCUGCCAGAUUGCAGCAGCCGAGUAUUCAAGUUGUACGAUAAUUUACCAGCACAUUAUCAUAAAAGCUGUGAUGAAAUUCUCUACCUUUUGCAAGGCAAAGCUAAAUUUCAUAUUUUCGACGAUGAUGGUGUCACUGAAGUUGAAAGCCAGAUAAUGGAACCAGGGCUGAUGGUGACCUUUUUUAGAAACACUACCCAUCAAGUUGAAAUCAUCGAAAGUCCGGUGUUUUUAUCGUGUGACACACCAAGAAGACAGCCUGAUGAUGUUCAUUUUAUACAUAAAGAAGAAACAGAAGGAGUCAAAUUCGUAAAUCAUAUGGAUAAACUGGGAAAGUUUUGCUGUUGAUUUCUGUUUACUUAAGACUUAGUCUGUAUUUUAUACAACGUUGAAAGGCAUUCAGUAUAACGGCCCGAUACAUAAUACAUGUUUUACAAUGGUUUUCGUAAA